UAUCCAGUUGACGGCAGCAACAUCCCCGUCGUGCUGCUAAUCUACUACAGUCACACAGAAGAAGAGAAGAAGAAGACGGUCACCGAUGCCACAGCUCGGCAUCAACAUGCCUGCUGCUCUGAUUAUGGAGGAAAACUUUGAUAACUGUUUAGAGCAGUGUGAAGCUCAAGAGCUCGAGGCUCCAGGGGGCAUUGCAACACCUCAAGUGUACGCUCAGUUGAUGUCGCUCUAUUUACUUCAUAAUGACCUGAAUAAUGGCAGGUAUCUCUGGAAACGGAUUCCUCAAGCAAUUAAAUCGGUAAGCAAACCCUGAUUACCAUCUAUCUGGGCCGUUGCACGCAUUUGGCAGCGAGACUUUCCAGGGAUCUACACAACCAUCGCAGCUUUCCUGUCAGAGAAUAUCCUUCCAGUCAUGGAGGCUCUUCGAGAGAGCACACGGCAAAGGGCGUACAGUCUAGUGGCUCAGGCAUACACUUCCAUCGCAGCAGAUGAUUUCGCUGCCUUUGUGGGAUACUCUGUGGAAGAGGCAGUAAAGGGUGUGGUGACCCAGGGCUGGCAGGCAGACCCCGCUACCAGGAUGGUGAUGCCAAAAAAACCGGAUCCUCCCCCCGUCUCAUUGGUUCCAAAUGAGCAGCAGUUGGCCAGACUCACUGACUACGUGGCUUUCCUCGAGAACUGAUAACCCACCACUGCCACCCUUUUUUCGCUCGCUUGGUACAGAGGGAGAAAACAAAGUUGGAUAGACUCUUCCUCCAGUCCCACUCCCUGAUAGAGAUGUACCAAAAAACACAUCCAUCACCUUGCAUGAAUGCUGCAAGCUCUUCUCCGAGACCUGCCUAUUUAUGUGCUGAUCAACUAAUAUAGCUUCCCCUUGUUAAUUCAUAUGUUAAAAAAAAAUUUCAGACACAAAUGUUGUAUUAUAUUAUUUCUUAUUCUGCUCUCUGAAACCCACCUGAUGUAUAGAUUCGGAUCUGAUUUCAAAGGAGAAAUGUGUUUCUCAUUACUGUCAGUAUAUUUUUAUCGCUAACCUAACAGACCCUUCCCACACAAUAGAAAUACACACGCUAGUAUGUACAGUUCAUCCAUUCGGUUUUAGCACUUAGAGGUUGCCUUGAAACAAAUUUGCAGAAGUCUUGGCAUGCAUGCAUCAACGUGUGGAUGUCAGUCCUCAGACCUCAUAUUUUGAAGUUUAUGUUUUGACUGGUGAAUAAAUAUUUUGCUGUUUCUAAUUUA